ACAGCGCUGCCGGCUGGGGCUCGGACUCGGAUUGCUGUCGCCAUGGCUGGCGGAGCCCGCGGAUCCGCGCGCACGCUGCUCGCCGCCCUACUGGCGCUGCUGGGCGCGCUGCUGGUGGCACCGGCGCGGGGCCGCGGCGGCCGGGGCCACGGGGACUGGGGCGGCCCGGCGAAGAUGCCGCCUCUGCCGCCCCGCGAGGACGCGGCGCGCGUCGCCCGCUUCGUGGCGCACGUCUGCGACUGGGGCGCGCUGGCCACCAUCUCCACGGAGGCGGCGGUGCGCGGCCGGCCCUUCGCCGACGUGCUGUCGCUCAGCGACGGGCCCCCGGGCGCGGGCCGCGGCGUGCCCUACCUGUACCUGAGCCCGCUGCAGCAGUCCGCGGGCCACCUGCAGGAGAAUCCACAUGCUACGCUGACGAUGUCCUUGGCACAGACUAACUUUUGCAGGAAACACGGAUUCGACCCCCAGAGUCCCCUGUGUGCUCACAUAAUACUGUCGGGAACUGUUACCAAGGUGAAUGAAACAGAAGUGGACUUUGCAAAGCAUUCAUUAUUCAUUCGACACCCUGAGAUGAAGACCUGGCCGCCUAGCCAUAAGUGGUUCUUUGCUAAGUUGAACAUAACCAAUAUCUGGGUCUUGGACUACUUUGGUGGACCAAAAAUAGUGACACCUGAGGAAUAUUACAAUGUCACAUUUCAGUGAAGCGGGAUGUGGCGACUGGCCCCCACCCCCACCCGUGUGACGUGCUUAGGACGGCUCAGACUGGGUGGGCGUGAUGUUUCUCCGUGGAAAUGUUCCUGUUGCACCAGUUCUCUUUCACAUGCCGGCUUGCUCGCUUGUUUACAGUAGAGUUAGACUGUUGCUGGGUUUCUUGGGAGAUGUGGUCGCUGAAUUUUUUUUCCCCACAUUUUGAAGCCAUUUUCAUAGAGCCAUGCCUUUCAUUAUAAUCAAGUCCAUUUUUUUCCCAUCAAUGCCAAGUAGUUUUCCAGUGGUGUUCCCUCAAGAGGACCAAGUCUCCGAUUUAGACUUAGAUUGCCUUUGGCAUUUGAAAGCCCUUACUUCCCGGACACCACUUAAUUUCCCGGUGCCAGGGAGAGGGCUGCACCCCCACGGCUGCUGCCUGAGCCUGGACACGGGCUUGGCCCAUGUCCCAGCACCCAGGAACUCUUGCCAAGACAAACGAGGGUGAAACACAAAUAGAAAUUCCUACUUGUAGGCCGUUGAUGCCUGACUGGCCUGGUAUUGUUGAUCCAACAUAGGGCAAAACUAUUUCUUAUGAAGAACUUUUUUUUUCCACUUUUCAAAUCUAAAGUGCUAAUUACCUAGAAUAAAGAAAGUUCAUGGAACUUUCCCUGAGUUGGAUUCCCUACCAAGUGGACCCUGUAUGAUCAGCUUUCUUCACUCAGUGCACACAUACGCACAUUUACUUAUUGUUUCUUGCCCCCAGGUGGGAUUGUCAAAGAAAAGGAAACAGGGGACUUUGUGUGGGGGUUGUUUCUGGUGUUCUUUUGUGAGUGAGGUUAACCCAACUCUGCGGGGUUAAGCCAGGGCCAGGACCCCCUCUGCCCUUCUGCUCGCCCCCGCUCUUUAAUGCAGGCUGCUCCCCGUGGUGACCGGAGGCUUCCUCAGCUGCUCUCCAUCUCUGCCUGGCUCCUAAUGCUGUUGCUGUCAAGUCAGGUGAUCAGGGGCAAGGUGACAUGACCCUUUUUAAAAAUCACCUUUCUUAAGAGAACAAACUGCUUAAUUUUAUUACUUGUGUACGUGACUUCAGACGACGAUAUAAGAUCCUCCAAAGAGGCGUGGUGGGAAUCAAGCCACGGACUCCUUAAAAUGGCUAAGAGGAAGGGAGUUGAAUAAGAGCCAUUGUGUUUAAAAGUACAAAAUGAACUUGUCUGGAAUCCAGCAAACAGCUUUUGUUGAAGAAAAAUGAUUCAUACGAAACAUGGUACAAUAGUUUUUAAUUCAAAGCAUCAAUAAUUAAAAGCGUUAUUUUAAUGAA